AUGCAACUCACCUCUCUCCUCGGCCUCCUGGCCACAGCCACUCUCGCAGUCGGCCAGGCAAGCAACAACACGACCGGCAAGCUAGGAGACGCCCGUCCAGUCCGUAAUAAUCCCGUCAUCGGCGAAGUGUGGGUUGCAAAGUUCGACUCCCCCACAGUCAAGGGCUUCGUGACCGCCGUUGCCAAUACCGUUGGUGUCAACUAUACUAUUGAUGUUACGGGGCUUCCGGUUGAUCAGGGGCCGUUUAAAUACCAUGUCCACGUCCGCGCCGUCCCCUCCGACGGUAACUGCGCCGACACAGCCGGCCACCUCGACUCCUACCUGCGCGGCGACAGUCCGCCUUGCAACAGCGCGGCGCCGCAGACUUGUGAGGUUGGUGAUCUGAGUGGGAAGUACGGGACUGUUACGGGACCUAGCGUGUUAAAGAGGUGA